AUGUGGAUUGAAGGGCCCUCAGCUCCCACUGCACCUGAAAGCUGGAAACUCACCAACUCAAGCAUUUGGAGUGAUCUUGCUGUCCAAGAGGUGCAGCCAUGGCUCCCCUUUGAGAAUUACAACAGAACCAAGCCAAAAAAAAGAGAGAUCAUAGUAAAUUUCCCACAUAGCAAGUUAAUGGAGGUUCAAUCUCCUGCAGUGAAACGCCCGUAUGACAUCACCAUGUCAAGAAGAACAAGGAAACAGCAAUCUCCAGUGCAAGGCAAUGAGAAACCGAAAUCAGCAAUGGUUGAUGUAACACCGAAGGAUGUCAAAGUCGCAGUGGAAACUACUCAAACCAAUACUAUUGCUGGGGUGAAACAAGGUGGUGAGAGUGACCACAAAAGCUUGAAGCAAUUGAUCAUAGGAGAUGACAAAGAAGCAAAGAAGGGUAACAAUGAUGAGCGAAGCAAGGGAUCAAGGAAUUCACUUGGUGAACAUUUCACUGAGGAAGAGAAGCAGCAUCUUCAGCUGGUUCGGAUUCAACAGAAGGACAACAACCUCCAAGGUUUGAAGUUCAAGAAGUUGGUGAGUCGUUAUGCCAAAGUUUUGGGGCAUUUGAUGAAGGCUAAGCGUGAUCCUCAUUUAAGUGAUGCAGGGAAAAAACCUAUCGUCAACAAGAAGUUCACGAAACUGUGA